GAACCACCCACUGGAGUGGUUCUCAGCAUUAUAGGUUUUUAGGUCAAACAGAAACCCUGGGGAGUGCCUGAAAAAAACCAAGCAAAUACUUCCAUCUGCCCAGACCGGAUGACAUGGAGCAACUGCUCUCGUGUGUAACAGAGUCCACACUUGAGUGACAUUCCCUGCUGGAGCAUUGGAGGAAGCUUGGAGCAUGUAUGAUCUGGUGAAGAGCUUGGUUCAGAAGUUGCUGAAGUUUUUCUAGAGGCUGAGGCCUCCGUGGGAGGCCUUGGUUCUUCUUAGAAGGCUGAACGGUGGGCUCUGCCGGGGAAGGGUGUGUGUGGCUUAGUUACCAUCUUCCGGUAGGCCUGCCAUGGAUGAGACACAGGAGCCUCUAGCCUUGACUGUGCAUCUUCUUGCGGACACUGGGAAUGGCUCGCUUUUGCAGCAGGCUCUGGACCAACUCCUGGAUUGUAUCUGCCCAGAGGUGCGUCUCUUUCUGGUGUCUGAACGGGCCAGACCAGUGAAUUACUAUGAAAAAUACCACCCCCGGAGGGUCCGCUUCCCAGGGAUGUCUGUUUUGCUCUUCCUUCAGGAAAGCCUGGGACAGGAACGGCUGUUUCGAGUCCUGGACUUCCUUCAGCAUUCACCCUGGCAGGGUUUCCCUACCCAGUAUGCACAGGGGAGGCCUUGUCCUUAUCUCCCUGCCAAUCAGGAAUUCUACAGCCUGCACAACCAGAUGCCAGUGUGGGGCAUGAGGCCUGUGCAUUGUGGCACUGAUGUCCUCAGGCUGACGCUGUACUGCAGUUUUGAUAGCUACGAAGAUGCCAUCCGACUCUAUGAGAUGCUCCUACAGAGAGACGCCACCAUGCAAAAGAGUAACUUCUGUUUCUUCGUCCUCUAUGCCACCGAGGGCUUCAGCCUCCAGCUCUCUCUGAAGCAGCUGCCCCUGGGAAUGCCAGUGGACCCCAAAGAGUCUUCUGUGCUUCAGUUUAGGGUUCAAGAGAUCGGCCAGCUGGUACCUCUUCUACCCAAUCCGUGUGUUCCCAUCAGUAGCACCAGGUGGCAGACUCAGGACUAUGAUGGCAACAAGAUUCUGCUGCAGGUCCAGCCGAAGCCAGGACUCAGUGUUAGAAAUGGUGAGCGUCCCUUCCCAAAUGGCAGCUUGAGAGGUGACGUGCACCGUCAGGGCUCCAGGCUGAACUCUGUCUCCACGCAGAGAACCUUAGAGCCAAGGAGCCGGAAGAACAGGAGCCGGAGGUUCAAAGUACAUUCUCUGGAGCUUCCGCAGCCCAGUGGGACAUCAGCAAAUGCUAGCCACCCUUUGUGGAGAAGCCCUGGCUGGUCCUCCUUGGCGGAAGCCUCAACCACAGGCAGGCAGCAGCAUCGACUGUCUAUGCUCCUCGAACCUGAGACGAAAUUGAGUGCCCUUAAGGACAACAGCUUUGAGAAACUUGAGGUGGAGACAAACGUUGACACUGGCUUCACUGUCAUCAACUCCGAACCCAGGCGAUCUUUCCUGAGCAGAUUUCCCAGGGAUUUUCAGAGCAGCCAGAUGCCCUGCUCUUCCUUAGAGGCGACUACCUCUGCAGACCAAAGAGUCUUUAAGGAUAGACCCCGCCCUCUGUCCCUUCCUGGUCAAAGGGACUUUGAUGCAAAGAAGCUUAUCUCAAAAUGCUACCAUCAUCUUCCUGUCCAAGGUGAAGAGAAGGAAGAAUUCUUUAUUUAGCAUAAAGCAAAUGUGUUUUCUAAGACACAAGAUAAGAUAGAAUGUUAUAGAAAUGGAACAUUGUAUUAAUUGCAUUUUUCAUUGAGAUGGCAAUAUUAUCUGACAAAAGUGACUGAAGGAAGGGUUUAUUUUGACUCACAGUUUGAGUGUAAG